AAAAACAACCAGAGAUCUUAGCAAAAUAUGAAAACAUUUCGAAUAAUGAAUUAGAACACAGAAUAAAAUAUCCUGAAUACAAAUACAAUUCUCAUUGUUCCUACAAAAAACUAACAAGAAAGCAGCGAAAUACAUCAGUUUCUAGUAAUGAUAGUCAAUUUUUCCCAUCUGCACCUGCGUUAUCAAAAAAUCAAAUAGAAAUUAAAGUUAGUCAAGAUAAUGAAGUUUUUUCAUCAAACAGUGUUAAAAAUCUACAAGAGAAUCAACUUGAGCUUUUAAAUUUCUCAUAUAAAGAAGAAAUUAAUAUUAGUAAAGAUAAUGAUAUUUUUUCAGCAAACUGUACUAAUUAUCCCCAAGAGAAUCAACCUGAGUGGUUAAAUUUCUUAGAUAAUAAUGCUUUUUCACCAAAUAGUACUAAUUUUCUCCAAAAAAAUCAACUUAAGCUUUUAAAUUCCUCAUACAAAGAAGAAAUUAAUGUUAAUCAAGAGAAUCAACUUAAGUUUUUAAAUUUCUCAUACGAAAAAGAAAUUAAUGUUAGUCAAGAUAAUUAUCUCCAAGAGAAUCAACUUUACAAAGAAGAAUUGCUUAAUUAUAAUUAUCUUCUAUUGUUUACUGAAGAGGAAUUCAAUAUUUAUUUAAAUUUAUUAAAUGAAAAGGAAAUUAAAUAUUUUUAA